GACCAAUCGUCAUCCAAGGCGCUCGCAAGCGCAAACCCCGCAUUGGAAAAUGGCAGCCGAGUUGGAGCCUUUGAAAAUGGAGCCCCCCGAAGUCGUAGAGGAGGCUGAGGAGGCCGAAGGGCAGACCAAGUCGUUGAAGAUGACUGAAGACCUGCUGGCAAUGGUGAAAAAGCUGCAGAAAGAGGGAAGCCUGGAGCCACAGAUUGAAGACCUGAUUAACCGGAUUAAUGACCUUCAGCAAGCAAAGAAGAAAUCCAGUGAGGAACUAGGAGAAGCCCAAGAUCUCUGGGAUACCCUGCAUAAGGAAUUGGACUCCUUGAAUGGAGAGAAAGUGCACCUAGAGGAGGUCUUGAGCAAAAAGCAAGAGGCACUGAGGAUUCUCCAGCUGCACUGCCAAAGGAAGGAGAGUGGAGCUCAGAAGCAGAACAUGUUGCAGGAGUGCACAGAGAAAAUUUCCAUCUAUAACUCUCAGGUUGCAGAGAAUUACAGGCAGAAGAAGCUGGGGUUGCACGUUGAAGAACAGCUGGAGAAUUUGAUGGGCCAGCACAAGGACCUCUGGGAAUUCCACAUGUUGAAGCAGCGACUGGCCUGGGAGAUCCGUGCCCUGCAGAGCAGCAAGGAGCAGUUGCUCGCUGAAGAGAAACUGGCGCGGGCCAAGCUAGAGGAGGUGGAGCGGCAGCUGAGCUUGCCACCCGAGGUCGGACGCGCCCGGGCGGUAAACGAUGGGCUGAAGGCGGAGCUGGAGAAAUUCGGGGGACAGGGUCCUGCCCAAAUCCAUUGCAUCCCAAAGGACGAGGCCUGCAAAGUAGAGUCCCUCGGAAAUGAGAAGUGCAUCUCAGGCUCUUUCUCGAGGUCUUUUCAUCUCUACCCAACCACCACUGCUCAUUGGGAGAUGUUUUGACCCUCUCCUUGGCCAGGAUUUCAGGAAUUACAAAGGGGAACGAAGCCUUCCUAGCCUACAGCAGCCUGCAUAAAGAGGUUCACAGGUGAAUGGCCCUGGGGGAGCUCACUGUUGCCAAAGGCUGAAGAACAUCUUCAAGAACUGAGCUAGAAAGCAG